AUGAGUUUCCUUUGUUCGUUUCAGUGUAUUGAGCUACUAAUCGACAUUCUAGAAUGUCUAAGUAUUGACUGGAACAAUGUAAUCACAUCGAAACGGCUUGAUUUUUCUCGUCCUGGCAGCACUUCCGUUUCUGCUGGCAAUACAAAUGACACUAUUUUACCCAUGACUGAUCGCACCGUAGCACCCUACAAUCUUUUGCUGCCGCUGUCUGACAGGCCAGCCGAAGCUGCCGGACUGGCACACGCCCUGAUUUCUGGAUUAUGGACUCGUCUUUCUCGUCCUGUUUGGCUCACUGUAUCUGGUGACCAUUUAUACAAUCGGUUCUCUUCAAGUCAUAUGGAUGCCAACAAGCUUUCUGAACCAGGUAAGUGA